AUGACGACCCCCUUGAGAGGCAGCCAGGCGGAGGAUUGUGGUAGCACUGUUGUUGGGAUUAAUAGAAUUUUCGCCGCGUGUGGGCAACACUUGGAAGGGAAAAUAGAGAGGAAGAAUAUUCUAGAAGGAACGUUCACUCAGCCACAACACCAUAUAUCAGAGCUUGGAGGCAGGGGAACGGCAGGGGUUCCACGGCUUAAGGGUUUUGGCAAUACUUUUCUACCCCGCGCGAGGAGUAGACGGGGUGUAGAGGAAGGUGGUAACACUGUGGGUGGUAACGGUGUAGGUGGUAACAAUGGAAAGGUGGUAGGUGGUGGGGGUAACGCUGUAGGUGGUAGAAAUGUGGAAGAAGUUGAUGGUGGUGGCGGCGGAGGAGGUGGUAACAAUGUGAGGUGGUGGGGUGGUGGUGGGAGCGCUGUAGGUGGUAGCAUUGUGGAAGUUGAUGGUGGAGGUGGAGGUGGUGGUGGUGUUGAUGGAGGUGGUAAUAAUGGUGGAGGUGGUGUUGAUCGAGGUGAUGAUAAUGAUUUAGGUGGUAACAAUGGCGGUUGUGGUGAUGGUGGUGGUAACGCCCUAGGUGGUAGCAAUGGUGGAGGAGGUUGGUGGUGGUGA